CCGUGGCGGGGAUCGAUGGGAUCUUGUCCUAUCCGUGGUCGCGUGCCUCUAUUGCUUCUGGUUGUUGAUGCCCCUGCGCGUGUCAACGAACCACCGGUUUUCGUCAUAUUAAUCAUGUCGCUUAGCAAGGUUGAAGUGAACUUGAUAAGGCUGCUUCAAGCUGCUCCUCAGCAGCAGAACCAGGCUAAGCUUGUCCAUUAUGUAACCACAGCCAGGGAAUUGUUGGAGCAGCUAGGAACAGAAACUACUCCAGAAGGGAUAUCAAGUGUAUCAAAGGCUAAAUUAAGUGAGUAUUCAGAAAAGAUCGAAGCGUUAGCUGCACGGCUUGCUGCUUCGGAGCCAGAAAAUGAAAUGCCCAUUGAUGAGAAUAGAGAGGAAGAAAGCUCUUAUGAAGGAGAAAAGCCAGGAAGUCCAGUAUCAUUAUCAUCAGGAUUGCGUAGGAGACCAAUAGCUCACAUGGAUGUUGGACCUAGCAGUCAUGAGAAAAAAGAUAGAGACAUUGGGGCACCCAUUAAGUUGGAUGCAGAAGCGCAGGCUCACAUUGAGAAGCAUAGGAAGCUGCAAGAGGAUCUGACUGACGAAAUGGUUGAGUUAGCACGCCAACUGAAAGAAAGCAGUCUCACGAUGCACCAAUCUGUCCAAGAAACGGAGAAGAUCCUUGAUUCCACGGAGAGAGCCGUCGAGCAUAGCUUGGCAAGCACGGGGCGUGCAACCACGAGAGCAGCAGAGGUGUACUCGCUGGCUUCCAAGACAACAUGCUUCCAGUGGCUGCUCAUCUUGCUGAUGACCUGCAUGUUCAUUAUGGUGGUUCUGCUCAUCCGGGUCACCUGAGUUUGACUGCCUCCACUGAAAAUAUUGUGACCAAUUCUGUUCGUUCGAGAUGGACUUUUGUAUUCAGUUCUGACGAAGAAAAUGUUUGUUAUAUGAGUGGAUCUCUGCUCUGUUGGUGCCAUGAAAUCUCUCCAGUUUUCACAUGUGAGUAUUACAGUAUAUGAAGAUUAGCAAAUUGGAUUAUGCACUAUUGGACUGUACUCUUUUGGCCAUUUGCCGCUGGGAUGUUGUGAAGAUGAAUGCAGCGCCGUCCUCCGUUGCAUAUUUGUGCACUCGCUAUGACACUGACACCAUUGCAGGUUUACAUGGAUGGGCUGAGAAGGCCCAU